AUGCUGCUAUAUACGCGGCGCGCUGCUCCCAAGGAGCCCAAGAGGCGUUCCAGAGCUGGUGAUACACCUAACCAGCUGAUGGGCGAGCAGAAGAAAAAAUGCGACGAAAGACGGCCUCGGUGCACACGCUGCUCGGAGCAUAGCUUCGACUGUGUCUACGAAACUGUGCAGCCGCGGCAGCGAAGAAAACGCGAGUCGCUACCGCCGAUUCGCACAUCAGUCUUGUCUUCAGAAUAUACCUCUUCUCGCAAGCUGUCCGAAGUUAGCUUGGCUAGUGAUGACUCAAGGCGCCCGUCAUGGGGCGAGUGGGAUCAUGGCAGUGUUGUACUAAGCUUCCUGAGCGAUGCCAUUGCCUCCAGUCCGUCAGAAAGCGUAUAUGACAGCGGCCCUCUCGUCAAAUUCUCGCGGGUUGACUAUUCUGGCACGUCACCAGUUGGGGUACGUUCUCCUGUCUCUCUGGUUGAGGCCAAUGGCGGGGAUUCGGGGCCAGCUAUGGGACUCCACCAGGACUCUGGUGUGGUUGCGAUCGCGCCGCAAUCGAGGUCAUUACAUCCAGACCUGGCCAUGAUCGCGCCAUGUCCUGUUGGGUCUCCCCUUUUCGAUUUCUGUCCGCCGGCAUUCUCGGAGUUCUCAGACCGCCGGAGCCGCCGAGCCCUGGUUGAUCACUUCUGCAACGUCUUAUCGCACCUGAUAGUUUUCCGAGAAGAAACGGGAAACCCCUUUCAACAGCUACUUCUGCCGCUCACUCGGAAAGAUUCGCCCGUCACAAACGCAAUCUAUGCUCUCGCCAGCGCCCACCUAGAGUGUCGGGGGGUAGAGAAUGCGGAGAAGUCACUCUACUUUCACAAUCAGGCCAUCCAGGGGGUUGCGCAACUAAUCGAGCCCAACAGCACAGUCAACAGAAACGAGAUACUAGCAGCAAUCAUGCUUUUGGUCUACUAUGAGGUGCUCGUCCAGAAGGGACGCUCCAAUAUAGUAGCUGGGCACCUAAAGGGGGCACUUACUAUAAUGUGCACGAACCCGGAGCCCUCCGAUCCCACAAGCGUCUUCCUGGAACGCGCGUUUCGUUUUUAUGAUGUGAUCGCAGCUCUCUCGAACGGGACGCCGCCGCUAUCAGCAGCGCCCACACCAGAUUGCCUCUUGCCUCUCUCCCCACUUGGAGCGUCGGCUGGCUCGCCGCUGUGCAACGUGGACGCCCUUCUCGGCAUGGCCACGACACUAUGGCCCAUCAUACAUCGUCUAUCCAAUCUGCUGUCUAUGAAGACCGAGCUACAGCUAGCAGUCCGCACCAAUGCUAUAACCCCCAAGAUCGCCGUCCUACGUACAGAGUUUGAGACAACAGCUGGAGCUAUCGAAGCAGCCCUAACUCGAUGGGAGCCACACCUGGCCCCCAUCUUGAAGUGCGCGGCCGGAAAUUCGCCAACUAUGAGACCAACUAUUGGGCUGGCUCCAACAACAAGGGACAGGAUCCACAGCAUUAGGAACAACGCGCUCGCUUAUCGUCACUCGGCAUUUGUCUACUUGUACAGGACAAUAUACGGCUGCUCGCGGUCCCACAAUGUCGUCCAGAUGCACACACACCUAUCGCUCGUCCAUUGUGUUGAGACCGUCUGCCACGCCGGACCUAUGGGGGCGCUUCUGUGGCCCCUAUUUGUUGCCGCAUGCGAGGCCGUCAGUGCAGAGGACCGCGAACUUGCAGACCAGGCCUUCUCCGCGGUAAAUCAAAGGCAAGGCAUGAGGAAUAUUGAGCGCGCGUGGAUGAUUGUUCGGGAAGUGUGGCGGCGGGCAGACUUGGCAGCGGCCACAGAAGACAGGGGGGAGACAAGCUCGGAGCACGCCACUGUCGCUUCGCCAGCCAGAAACUGCUUUUAUAACAACAAAGGCAAUGAAAACGGCGGUGCAACAGACCUGUGGCGCCAAGUCAGCAGAGAGAUGGGUGUGAAUAUCGUGUUUGGCUAA